AGUACGCAACACUGAGUUAAGAGGCAUCUGAACUCUGAGCUGAUCUCAGACAACUCAGCUGAUCUAAACCAGGUCAUCUGGUGUUUAAUUCAUUGACUGACAUCUCAGUGAAUCCAUGAAGAGGACUUGAGAAAAGCUCAACUGAUCACGUUUCUAGGAAAAAAUCUUCUAGAAAUAAGCUGCAGAUGAAACAGAUCAUAUGUAAGAAAAUGUAAGUAAAAUAAAAAUAAUUUUACAGUGACAAACGAGACACACACAUAAAGAUUGGGAGGCAGGGUUUAUGGCUUUACUUCUGGAUAGCUGUCAUGUGGUCCAUCUUUAUAUAAAGUAGAGAAAAUAUACAUUUAUAUAAUUAUGUAUUAUCAUAUAUUAAACAUGCUCUUCCGUCUUUGUCAAUAACAGACGAUUAAAAAUGCUGAUGGCCGACCUAUCGCAUGACAAAGGAACAAAAAACAUUUGGCAAGCAGAGACUAUAAUGGCUGAAUUCCCACAGGAUGUUUGGGGCUUGUGACUGAAACAUAACUCAUGUUUAUGUUAGUGACAAUGUUGUUAGAAUAAAUGUCUUCCAGCCCUUUGCUGUGCAAUCAGUCAUAUCCGGUGAGGGAUGCUAAGAGUUAAAGCUCAGAGUUGACCUGUAGGGGUUCCUAUUGACGCUUAAAUAAUGAAGCAGGCUCACAGCAUGAGCAGCAGACACAGCUGAUCACAGACCGAGUCCUGGUAUAUUCUAUAUUUUCUUUUUCAAUAUGCUCUUUUAAAGGUGUUUUCUUGUGUUGUUAUUCACAUUUAACAUCUAUUUAUUAAAGAUCAAGAUCAACAUCUGUCAGGUUUUUUAUCAGGAGCAAGAGCCAAUGUGGCAAAUUGGGAAUGAAAUUGUGAGGUACUGAGUUUAUUUGGAUUUUUGCCGCCCCCUCACUUCUUCACAGGCAUUGAGUGCAUGAAGCUUUUUGGGGCCCAUGAUGGAGGGCUGGCCAGCUGUGGCCUGGGUCCUGCUGGUAAUUAACAUUGCUGUUUGGCUGAAAACCGUCCAGUCACGGGACUUCACCCUGAAGGACAUCAUCCUUCUGCAUCCCUCAACUACACCUCAUCCCGGUGGCUUCAAGUGCUUCACGUGUCGAGAUGCUGCAGAUAACUACAAGUGUAACCGCUGGGCGCCGGACGUGUACUGUCCCAAAGAGACCAGAUUCUGUUCCACACUCCACAUGAUGGACUACAAUGGAGACAGUGUGUCUGUGACCAAGCGCUGUGCCACCCUGGAGGACUGUCUCUAUCCUGGCUGUACUGAUGUCAUCGAAAACGGCUACCAGGUGUGCUCGUCCUGCUGCGAGGGGAACAUCUGUAACAUGCUGGUGCCGAGGAACGAGAGCAGCGCCGUCUUCUCCUCCACUUCUCUGGUCAGCUCGAGCAGGAGGCUUCGACCUCCUGCGGCGCUGAGCUACAUCACCAUCAUCAUCCUCACAGCUGGACAGCGUUGAGAGGGAAACUUUGCAUCUGUGGGACAUCGUCGAACAGUUUGAGAAAUUUGAUAGAGGUGAAGAACAAUUUUUACUUCCUCAUCUUGUGCUAUUAAAAAUUAUGAUAAAACAGAUGCAUGUGAAUUUGUGUUUAUUGUAUCCAGCUUGAGUAAAUUAAAAUGCAUCAGGGGGUUUCACAAACUUUCCAGAAAGUUCAGAGUCACAGAAAUGCAAUUAAAAGUUGGAAUUUGAGAUUUGGACAAAUCCAAACGUGAAAACACUGCGUUCAUAUUUGUUCCCAAUAGCGCAAACUAAUUUUUUGUAUAUUUUAUAAUAUAUAUUAGAACUCUUAUUAUGAA